CCUAAACACUCCUCCAUCGCCCGAUCGACCCCGUUCCCAGCGCACCCGCCGUCCUGGCCGAUCUGCUCUCGAGCCGUGGCCAUAUCUACAGCGGUCCGCCCGCAACCGUCUGCGUCCACCGUCCCCUGUCCUUCCUAUCCAUGUCGGCUGUUGCUGCUCCUGAGCCAGUCUCCUCGGCGCCGGCGCCGGCUGUCGGCCUUCUGGAGCUGCCCAACGAGCUGCUCUGCCAUAUCUUCAUCCGCCUGCCCUGUCCAUCGGCCUUUCUUGGCUCCUGUCGGCGCACCUACUCGCUGGUCUCGGAUGAGUGGCGCAUCCGGUGGCUACUCUUUCACUACGCUCCGCUGGACAAGCUGCUGCAUCAGCUCCCGGUGCUGCCAUUCACCUUCCUGCGGUCUGAGGAGCUGGUGCUCUCGCUUCUCCGGCGGGCCGCCCAAGAUGCCUCGGCCGGGGGCCAUCGACCAGAGAGCUGUCCUCCUCUCAACAUUGCCCACAAGCAGUUCUGGACUGCGUUUCAACUCCUCGACGGUUACAAUAUGCCCAUUUCUCCGGUACGGUGUCCCCUGGAUGCCCAACGGAUCCCCGGACGUUGCUACUACCGCUGGCUUGGUCGCAGGUCCCCACACGAGCUAUUCCUGGUCCCCGACAACUUCAUCCGAAACGAGUAUCACCAAAUGUUGACGGACCGCCAUCGAGCCCCAAGGGAAUAUCCUCAUCGCGAGUCAUGUCUGAGCUUCUUUGGCUGGGUCCUCAGGAGCGGAUACAUUCGUGCAAUCGACUUUAUUCUCCGGCACGACGUAUCCUUCCCUCGGUACUUGACCAACUCGUUGGCCACAGCCAUUGACGACGAUAAGCGGGAUGUGCUACUGGUAUGGAAGUACAUGAUCAGAAUGGCAAUCCAGCACGGCCACAUGGACCUGUUUCGGUAUGCGCUGCAACUCGACUUUGUAUCGAGACAUUCAGCACACACCCUUGCCCAUCCAGCCACCCAACCCAGCCACUGGCCCGAGAUUGAGGAUAUAUUCAAGUACGCCCUCAGGCUCGGCAUCCUGUAUUCGCGACCAGACGUUCUUGACGAGCUUACUCUGCGCCAGGUCUCGCUGCGGGCCGCGGAUCAACCAGGAGACUUACCGACAAACGAGCCAGUUGUUUGCGAAUGGCAUAUCGGUGUAGCCGAUGGUCGACUCGACGGGCUGCGGUACCUCAUCGCCAACGGCCAUGUAGUGACCGAUCUUUACAUCACCGAUGCCAUCGCCGGUCCGAACUGCCCACGCUUCGACCUCGCGACGCUGUUGCAGUCCAACGGGCUGCUUUUGUCGCCGUCGCACUCCUCGCGGCCCUGGCUGCUGGGCUGUGUCAGGGCGGGUGAUCGGCAGCUGGUUCAGUGGCUGAUCGAGGAUGUUGGCGUGCUCAAACAUGCUCCGACAUCAAAGUCGAUACUGCGGCAAGUCCUGAAGGAAUCGAUCGGCUACGGACACGUGGAUGUCACCGAAUACCUGAUCUCGCAGGGAGCGUCCAUCGGUCAUCCGUACGAAGGGGCCCUGAACAAGCCGAUUCGGAUCCAGUCCUCGGACCUGGUGAUGCUCGCCGCCAGUCAGUACCAUGUCGACAUGGUUCGCUGGCUGCUAGAGCGCGAGUCAAGUCCGCGCGAUGCAUUCUGGGGUGCUGUCCAUGCUGCUCCGGCAGAGUGCGCCCUCUGGCUGCCCCAUGAAGUCGCCAAUGUUCGAAUGCCUCUUCGUCCACAAGCCCUGGCGAUGGACGGGAUAACAGGCCGCGCUGGGAACCCAGAGGCCCGUCUUCACGUGAACCAUGCCGACAUUCGAUGGAUUGAUCCGGCACUUUUUCGUGAAGCCGAAUCUCGACGAGAACAGAUCAUCCGCCUGGCUCUCGACCGGCUCGAUGUCCACCAGGAAUUCAUCCAGAUUACGCCACUGUCUCCGUCCAUCGAGCACUUUCCGACUCGGUCGAACCCUUGGCCUCAGUCAGUUCCAAACAUGGCCCAGCCUCACGCACGGAUGCAGCCGUCGUGGCGCUCGUCGCUCGAGGCCGGCCACGCAAGCCACGCAAGCCAACAACCGCCACACUCUAAUCCACCAAGACAGCGCACGGUGCCGUCUACUACUUCUUCAACGCUGCCUCUCGUCCCUACCCCUGCCCAUGCCCCUGCACCCGCGCCCGCGCCUGCUUCAGCUUCAGCUUCCGCCUCAACCUCGACCGUCGCGGCCCACCCCACUGGAUCUCAGUCAUUAACAAUGUCGUUCACGAUCCUGGAUGAGCUGCUGACUCGACCACGGCUGCUCCGGUUUGUGCUGGAGAAUCAUCGAUGCACCCGCUCGAUCGGAUCCGAUGGACAAGCGGAUCCCACCAAAUGCCCGCUCCGCAGUCGCUACGACGAACAGAUUUCGCGGAUCAUCGGGCCAAAUGCCGCUGCUCUUGCGACUCUGCCGAUGGAGAUGGGCCUGCUUGGUCAUCAUCUACACGAUGUUUAGGCGGCUGGUUCCUGGCCGCUCCGCAUAGGAUCUGUACCUUGUCGAGAGGCGGGGGAGGGCGGCGGACAUGAUGAUCGUGCUGCUCCAGGGUGGCUCGUGUUGAUUCCCUGAAGCCUCCUGGCCACUUGUCUUCCGGGGGUUACAAAGCCACAAAGACUAUGCCUCCGCUCCAAUCUCGCACACUCUCACCGCACCUCCUCUCUCACGCUCUGUCUUCCCUAAGCCUAUGCGUGCUUGCUUCUGUUGCUUGGCACCGUGUUUCUUUGGAUUCCAUGGCCGCACUCGCGCUGCCAUCCCCCAUCUCCCCCGCCCACCUUACAAGCUUACUGCAGCGACAUUCUGGUUGAGAGCUCCUGUCCUGUCCUGCUGCACCUCGCCCUUGCCCUUGCCCUUGCCCUUGCACGAGUCUACGUAUACCAGUACACGUCUAUCCUCCUGGCCCACCAAUACAUGUUCGAGCAUUUGGACCGCUC